AUGCAGACUGAAAGUGAAGAGCCAUCAUAGUUGAUCAUUAACAGAAUAAUAUUGGAUAAUUUUAAAAGUUAUUAUGGACAUUUAGAGAUCGGUCCAUUUCAUCAUUAAUUCACGAGCAUUGUAGGGCCAAAUGGAUCAGGAAAGUCAAACCUUAUUGAAUCAUUGCUCUUUGUCUUUGGUAAAAAGGCUUCAUGGAUGCGUCUGUAGAAAAUUCAUUAAUUGAUACAUAAUUCGGCUGAGCAUCGAGAUGUGAAGAAAGCCUCUGUUGAAGUUUAAUUUAUCGAAUAAAGCGGGAAUAAUAGAAACUAUUUCAGUGUAAAGCGUACAGUUCACCAUACUGGACAAUCGAAUUACGAUAUAAAUAAUAAACACGCUACUUUAGAAGAAGUCACCACUUUAUUAAAAUCAAAGGGAAUAGAUCUUACGAACAAUAGAUUUCUGAUUUUAUAGGGAGAGGUUGAAUAAAUUUCAUUGAUGAAACCAAAAUCAGGUGAUCCAGAGAAGCCAGGAUUGCUUGAAUAUUUGGAAGACAUCAUAGGAAGUAAUCAAUACUAGGAAUAGAUCGACAAGAUGACUGAGGAAUAUUUGUAAUUGGAUGUGUAGAGAAGAGAGAAGGGUGAAAUGAUGAGAGUGGUUGAGAUGGAUCUUGAAAAAUUGGAACCAGGGAAAGACAAGGCUGUAGAAUUAGUGAGAAAUGAAAUAAAGAAUUCCUAAUUGUAAAAUGUAUAAUAAUAAAUUGCCAAUUACAAAGUGUAAACUUAAAUUACUAAAUGCAAAGAGAAUCUCACUCAGAUUGACGAGAAUCUAAAAAUUACAGCCUUAGAAUCUAAGGAGAAAAUGAAAGAUCAUUCUGAUACAGUGAAACUAAUGAAAACAGCAUCUGAUAAAUUUCAAAAGGCCAAAUAAAAGAGACAAUCAAUCAAAGUUUAAAUUGAAGAAUUGUAAGCUAAAGACACUCAGAAUAGAGAUGAAGUAAACAAUCUGACUUCAUAGCAAAACAGGUUUUAAAAGAAGUUAGAUGAACUCAUUUAGGAGAGGAAUAAAUGCAUUGAUGAAGUUGAAGAUUUGAAAAAAGAGAUACCAGCAUAUGAAAAGUCUAUUAAGACUUUGAGAUAAGAAAAGGAGGAGUUGGAAGAGGUUGUUUAGAAAAUGAAUUAACAACAUUAAUAGGAAGUAAGAAAAUUAGUGGAGAAGAAAUCAAGUUUGUAGAGCAUAAUAUCUGAACCUCAAUUGUAGAGAAAUCAAUAUGCUAAAGAUCAAGAAAUCACUAAAAACAAAUUGAAUUAAUUAAAAUUACCUGACACUGAUGGAGGUAAGGGAAUUCAAAAUAGCAUAAGUGAAUGCAACAAUAAUAUUGGGUAACUUUAGGAGAUAGUUAAAACUCUAAAUUAAACAAUUGAUGAGAUAAAGAACAGAGAGAAAUUGCAAGUUGAGAAAUAGAAUCAAUUGAAAAAAGAAUUAAAAUAGAAUGAAGACUAAUUAUAAGAGGUUCAAUAGUAGAUAGAUGGAUUCUCAAUUCAAUAGAAUUAAUACAAUGAACAGAAUGCAACUAUUAGAGCAAUUAUGGCAGCUGCAUAACAAGGUCAAUUAAAAGGAGUGAUUGGUAGGAUUGGAGAUUUAGCAUACAUUGAUCCCAAAUAUGACAUUGCCAUCUCUACAGCCUGUGGAAAAGGAUUUGACUCAAUUUUGGUGGAGAAUUAGUAAUCUGCUGAAGCAUGUGUGAAUUUCUUAAAAUCAAAUAGGAUUGGAAGAUAUACUUUUGUGUCUUUGGAUGUUGUAAAUAAAAUGAUAACUCAAGACAUGAUGUAAAAGAGAGGACAGAAUCCUAAUCACACUGAAAGACUAUUUGAUUUGAUUCAAGUUAAGAAAUAGGAGUAUUAGGGUGUCAUCUUUAAAAUUGUGGGUUAAACUCUAGUGUGUGAUAACAUAGACUUAGCAAGAAAGUUGAAGUUCGAAUAGAAGAAUCCAAACAGAUUUGUGACUCUAGAUGGAAAGUUAAUUGAAGCCAAUGGUGUGAUGAGUGGUGGUGGACAAUAAAGGAGAGGAGCUUUGAGUGGCAAUAAUUCAAAGUAAGAUCUGAAUGCAAAUAAAAACAAUUAGAAUUAAUUGGAAGCUAUGCUAAAAUAAUAUUAAUAAAAUAGAUAAUAAAUUGAAUAGUAAUUAAUUAAGGUUGAUCAUGAAUUGCAAACUUUAAUUAAGGAUGGUAAAAUCAUUUAAGAGAAGUUAAUAUCUGCAACUUAGGACUUGAAGAAUUAGUAGGAUUUGAAAUUGGAUUUGUAAUAGAAGUUGGAGAAAGUCAAGAAUUUGGAAUAGGAAAAGGCUGACAUUGAAAAGCAAAGAAAGGAAUACGAGAAGUAAAUUCUAAGUCAUUAAGCCAAUAUCGAUAGUAUUGAUAAAAAGAUAUCUAAGGAAAAGAAAUAAUUGGAAUAGAUUGAAUAGGAGAUUACUGAAUCUGAAAAUAAGGAAUUAAAGUAAAACAAGGAGAAAUUGCAAUAAUUAACAACCAAAUUUGAUAAGGAUGAUGCAGAAUUCAAAAAGAUGUAAACACGAUUAGUUGUUCUUGAUAAAAAAUAAAAGACGUUGGAUAAGGAUGAAGUUAAGAUUAAGGAUGACUUACAAAAAAUACAAUCGAAAAUUGAAUAAAUGAACUAAGAAUUUAAAAAAGCUGAAGUCUAAAUGAUCGAUACUAUUGCCUUAUAUAAAAUUGCAAAGGAGGCUGAAGAAAAUGCAGAAAAAGAAUAUAAGGAGACUCAAGCUAAGGAUAAAGAAUUUGAUGAAUUGAUUUCCAGGUUGAAAGAGAAGACUAAUAAAUUAAAAUAGGAAAAGGAGGAAUGUUAGUCACUAUUAAAGAAAGCCUAAGAAGAAUUUAGUGAAGGAUUAACAAAAUUAGAAUAAAUUAGAUUGAACUAUAAAGAAAUGUAAAAUGAUUAUGAAUUCUUGAAUGAACUAGAAGAGAUUGCUAAUUGGAAACUAUAGGAUUAAUAACAUUAAUAGUAAUUCCCUUUGACCACUGCAAAUUAGAAUUAAUCUAUGUUAAAUAUCAGCGUAUUAUUUAUUUCUAUUGUAGUUUAUUGACUAAGGCGAUGAAUCAUUUGACGAUGGUCGAAAGAGAGGAGCAACGUUGGCUAUCGACUUAAAGGCAAUUCUAGAAAUAGCAGUAACAUAAGAACUUACAGAAGAAUAAACCAUUUAAUUCUGCCCAAUUGAGAAAGAAAUUGGAAGAGUUCAUGCACAUAUCCAAGCUUAAAUUAGAGAGAUCACUAAAGAUGCUAACAUCAAAGAUAUCCAAGAAUUUAAGAUCAAGUAUUUGGAAUACAAGGCUAAAAAGAGUGACUUCGAUUAGACUAAACAACAACUACAAUAAUAGAAAUAAAAGAUUGAUCAAUUAAAAAAAGAGAGAUAUGAUCUAUUUAUGCAUGGAUUCAAUGUCAUUGGAUCAAAAUUGAGAGAGACAUAUCAAACAUUGACAAAUGGAGGAGAUGCCGAAUUAGAACUAGUAGACACAAUGGAUCCUUUUAGUGAAGGAAUUAGUUUCAGUGUCAGACCUAAGAAUAAGUCUUGGAAACAAAUGUCUAAGUUAUCUGGAGGAGAAAAGACACUCUCUUCAUUAUCAUUAAUAUUUGCAUUGCAUUAUUAUAAACCUACUCCUUUGUACUUCUUCGAUGAAGUGGAUGCAGCAUUGGAUUAUAAGAAUGUCUCAAUCGUUGCAAACUUCAUCAAAGAGAGAACAAAAAAUGCUUAAUUUAUUGUGAUCAGUUUGCGUAACAAUAUGUUUGAAUUAGCUAAUAAAUUGGUAUAUAUUUUAUAUUAAUUCUAAAGAUUGGUAUCUAUAAGACAUUUGACACAACUAAAACGGUUUAGAUUUAGCCAGAAUUAGUGCAGAUGAAAAUAAAUUCUUCUGCUGAAAACAAUGAAAACGUUAAUUAAAAUAGAUGAAU